CAUGGCCGCCCCCACAACCACCAACAUCGUCGUCGUCAAGCCCAGCGAAGUGCCCUACGGGCCGCAGCCAAAACCCAAGGACGCCUGGCCGCGCGACCUCUUCUGAGCCCGCGCCGCCCUUCUUCGUGUUAUUUCCGCGCUCCUACCCACCUACCUCUCUUCUAUCUACCUACCUUAGUUGUUACCUUAGUUGUUGUUGAGGCGGCCUGUGCGCGAGCACGAAGCGCCGUUCUUCAUUCUUAAGCGCCCUAGCUAUUUAUUAUGCACGCGCGCGGGUCGAGCUGCGGCGGCGGCAGUGGUAGAGGCAGUGACGGCAAAGGCACUGGCGGCUGUAGCAGUGCGCGAAACGCCGCGGUGUUCGAUCGUCGCUGCUGCUGUCGCUGUCGCUGUCGGCGGCUGCGGUGGCGCCAGCUUGUAGUGGUGGCAUGGUCGUCGUCGACGCGACUGCGGGUGCGGGUGCGGGGCAGCAGCGCUCAGCUGGGUGCCGCGUCUACCACCACCACGAUCAUCACCUCCACGAGCACGACCGGUAUGCGCGCGCGCCCGCUGCUGCCACUGCCGCUGCCGCUGACGGCGUCGCCGCGUUGCCGCCGCUUGGUGCGGAAACCUACCGUCUACUAUCUAUCUUCUACUAUCGCCUUGCUGCUGCUGCGCGGCUGUUGCGCGCUGAAACGCGCCCUCUUCACACAACAACAGCAGCAGCAGGCAUCGGCCACAGCAAUAAUGAACACCAACCUAGCUUCGCACCGUCUUGUCUCCGUCUUGUCUUGUCUCAGCGUGGAUGUCUACAAACUUAGCCGCAGUCGCUUACACACACCCACAUACACAUACCUAAUCCGUAUCUCGGCCUGAACAUCGAUCAUCAAUCACAUCGCAUCACAUCGCCCCGCCCCACAUACAUACGCGGACCUGAUUGGUCGCUGCCCGUGAUGGCUUGCUUACACCACCACCACCACCACCUCACCCAUCCAUCCGCAAAUCCAGCCAUACCCGCGCGCUCAGCUCCCUACCCACGUACGUAAAUAUACACACACACACACACACAUACAUAGCAACACCCCAUAAUAUCCACCAGUAAGCGCGCGCGCCCGAACGCCCGCGCGCCUGGGAUUUUCAGCCUGAUGCGCGCGGCGCGCAGUGUCUGCCUACCUGACUGACUGACUACCGCGCCC